AUGAGUUCAAUUGAUUUAAAGGCAUUGAAUAUCUUCCUCAAUUCUCCAGUCUCUCAAGACAUGAUACACAAGUUAGUGGUAACUACAUUGCAAGUGUUACCUUGUGAAGACUCUAAAUUACAGUCACCAUCAAACUCCAGUUCAAAAGAUAAAGCAUUACCAUCAUUGAUGACAUUCAUCACUAAAUUGGUUAGAUACACCAAUGUCUAUACCGGAACCUUGAUGGCUACUUUGGUAUAUUUGAAUAAAUUGAAAACUAAAUUACCAAAAAAUGCUCACGGUUUACCAUGCACUAGACACAGAAUUUUGCUUUCAUGCUUGAUUUUGUCUUCAAAAUUCCAUAAUGACUCUUCUCCAAAGAACAUACAUUGGGCUAAAUACACCGAUGGACUCUUCAACGUUAAGGACAUCAACUUGAUGGAAAGACAAUUGUUGUUUUUACUCAACUGGGAUUUGAAAGUUUCUAACGAAGAGAUGAUUGCCCAUUUGGCAAAAUUCUUAAAUCCAAUUAAGGAAGACUUAAUCAAAUCAGCCAAGAUGAGGAAAUUUUUACAAAAACAACAACAACAAAGACAAUUGCAACAACAACAACAACAACAACAACAACAACAACAACAAACACCUCGAAUGGCUAGAUCUUCGUCUAACAGUUCAACUUUGAGUCUUCACUACAGACAACGUUCUACAUCUUCUAUUUCUACAGCAUCUUCGGUCGAUUCUUCAAUAGAAUCUUCUCCUACUUCAAAGUCACAUUCCCCAUGUCACAAUCAUAUACUAUACGAGAACAAGGUUGAUCCUAUGAUUGAAUUCACUGCAUUAAGCGAAGAACGCAAAUUGAAUAGAAUGCUUCAAGAAUUAAAUUCAACAACUAAUUAUUAG